UUGACUGUCAAAAUCGUUUGUUUACAUUGCUAGUUUUGGUUCAAUAAGACGAAUUUCCACGCGAAAAAUGUCGUUCGUCGCUAGAAACACACUAAACCGGAACAUUUUCCGAUUGUUGAAUACCAACUUCCCCCCUUCUUCCUACUGCUGCCUGCAAAACUCACUAAAAUCAAUUAAAACAGAGCGAAACUACACUAACUUGGCCGGCUGCACGAGCACGUUACACAACCAGCUGGUUCGACAACAGCGCCAAAAUCAGCUGAUUCGAGGCAAAUCGAAGAAGGUGAACCGGAACCAGCAGGGACGCCGCCAGGACGAGGAUGAGGACGACGAUGACGAUGGCAAGGACCAGCUGGAUGAGUUUGACGAACUGCUAACGGACAAGAAUGCCAAGCUGGUCAAAACCAGCGUCGGUUCCCUGCGGGCGGAUUUGAUCGUGAAGGCCGGGUUGGGAAUCGCGAGGAACAAAGUGGAGACCCUUUUCUACGAGAGCAAAAUCCGGGUCAACGGAAAGAAACUGCUCAAGAAGAGUGCCCAGCUGGACGUGGGCGACGAGGUCGAUGUCGUGAAGGGACCGAGUCCUACCAACCCGGACCACCUGAUCGUUUCACGGGUGGAAAUACUCGCGGCGAAUCCCAAAUCCGAAAGCAUAGGAGUUAGUUUGCGGAGGCACAAAUCCCUAAUCAUUGAGAAUUACGAAAGUGAUGCCGUCAUCGGAGACCGUUGAACCAAGUUGUAUGGGUUAGAAGAAUAGAAAUGUUUUAAUAAAUUAUCUCUGUCUUUAUUGAAAGUUACAAUGAUUUGUUUUACAUAGUGUCUCAUUUUUUUUUAUUUUAUCUCAGUUGUGUUUUUUUAUAGUACUUAGUUCCGCGAUAAAAAGUCUUUCAAUUCUCACGUAAAGCUGUCCUUUCUCCACCGCUUUUGUUUCCAUUACCUAGAUCUUUACUAAAUUACAGUACGAAAGCCGUUAGUUUCAGAUUAAUAAUUUCUAUUAAAAAAAAGUUGUGCUGAACAAUUCUCUUAGCCCAAAUAAUUUUUCAAUUUUCAUUCUGUUUUUCGUUGAUGAAAUUUUGCCCAAACGUUUUUGUAUCCAACGAAUAUAAAUAAUUGAAGAUCUACCAUUUUAAGUUUUAAAUCGAUUUAUCUAAUCGAGGCACCAAGCUCAUUUUUCAUCCUUAACAUUCUUUAGUUUAAAAUAAUAACUUCAUAUCUUUCAUUGUUGUAAGAAUAUCGAACUUUCAGUUAGUAGCGACUACAAUCAUCAUACCCGAUAUUUCAUCUCCCAUAAUUCACAGCACUUCUUUCCGUGACGAGAAUUUCAGCACCAAUAUUUGCAGUUCAGUUUAACGGGACUCACUACGUGCGUUAUUUCAUUGAUGUUUUCUGAGAAACCAAAACAAUCUUCAGCGAGUGUGUGUGAACGAGGGAAAGAAAAGGAGUGACAGAAAGAGAAUGCUCUUGCUAGCAAGCACGAGACAAAAAAGAGAACUCACAAGCCAUUGUGACGGUUGCUAUACCUUCUGAUAUGUUGAUACGGGAAUCAUCUUAUGAUAGUUUUGCCUUCCUCACCUCACUGAGGCAAGGCUAUAAAAUCACUCGAAAAAUGAACUUCUCAAUUGAACCUCCUAGACCCACCUUCAUGUAUACCUAUCGACUAAGAAUCAAAUUCUGAGCAAAUGUCUGUGUGUGUGGUGGGAUGUUGAUCAAAAAAUUGUCACUCGAUUAUCUCGACAUUGGCUGAACCGAUUUUGUCCGUUUUGGCCUCGUUCGAUCCGUCUUGGGGUCCCAUAAGUCGCUAAUAAAAAUUAUGCAGUUUAGUUAAGUACUUCAAAAGUUAUGCUAAAAAAACGAUUUUAACAAAAGUCCGGAAGAUUGUAAAAAGGGUGGUUUUUGUAAGAAAACCCGUCAUGCUAUACAUUUUCAGAAAGGUAUUUAAAAGACCUUUUUAACGCGUCCAAGACAUUGAAGAUCUGACGAAUCUAUUAAAAGUUAUAAGCACGUAAGUGUCAUUUAUACGCUUUUUGGAGGCCGGAUCUCAGAUAUGUUGAUGAAAACGUUGUCCGGAUCUCUCAUGCGACCUAUCGUUGGAUAGGUAUUCAAAAGACCUUCCCAACAGGUCCAAAACAUUGAAGAUCUGACAACCCUAUCAAAAGUUAUAAGCACUAAAGUGUUAUUUACGCACUUUUCUUUAGGCCGGAUCUCAGAUAUUUUGAUGAAAAUGCUGUCCGGAUCUCUCAUGCGACCUAUCGUAGGAUGAGUAUUCAAAAGACCUUUCUAACGCGUUCAAAACAUUAAAAAUCUGACAACGAUAUCAAAAGUUAUAUGCAAUUAAGUGUUAUUUACGCACUUUUUGCAUUUUGGAUAGCACCCUUUAAAUGUGAGGAAGGCACAAACCACCUAAUGGUGGAUUAAGAAACGUUUUUUUUCUAUCACUAACUUACGACACUGAUAUCAGGUCCCUUAAUUUGUGGGUUUCUCUGGAACGACGCAACAUUUUUGCAUUUUUUAAAGCAAAUUGUACGUUUUGUGCAGAUCUAUAAAACGCAUUUUGAAGCUUACAAAAAAAAAAUUAUGGUUAAAGAGGAAUCGACGAA